AUGGAGUUUUCAGAAGCCGAUAGGAAGAUAAACGGAGAGAAGGAAGGUAGCAAGGGUAUUUAUUGUUGGGACUCUCGCCCUCAGUCGCCGGUAACGGGGAUGGAGAAGGAGAAGAAGGGACAGGAGGUACGUUGGAAGGGUCAUGGGCCCACUGAGGACACACGGGAAGGUAUUGAAGGACAUAGAAACAAGGACGCACCUCUGGAAGACAAAAAAAACCAUCAAUUGGCGGUGUUUAUGGAUAUUGUUAAUUUCUUGAAACCCAAGUUCGUUUUGAUGGAAAAUGUGGUUGAUAUUUUAAAGAAGUUCGUUGGUGGAUUUCUUAAGAAAUAUGCUGUGGGCAGACUUGUUUCUAUGAAUUAUCAAGCAAGGCUUGGAAUGAUGAAGCUGCCUCAAUAUCCAUUACCAACGCAUGAGGCUGUUGUUAGAGGAAAUGUCUUUGUUAAUUUUAAGGUGCGAAGAAAAGUAUGGUUGCAUAUGAUGGAAAAUGCAUUGCUUUUAGAGGAUGCUAUUUCUAAUCUUCCCCCAGUCACUAAUGAUGAGAGCCGAGAUGAAAUGCCAUAUGGGAAGACCCCUAAAAUAGAUUUUAGCACCAUAUAA